GCUCUCCCGCUUUAAGGAAAACACACACAGAGAGAAUGGGAAAGUGCUGAAUGGGACAGAAACAAGCUGUGCAUGUCUUUGUGAGCUUUCCCAGGGUAACUCCCCUGAAUCGCCUGCUGGAGAAGAGCACCAGGAGAAUGGCACCACUCUGCUCAUGAGCACGGUGCCCCAAGAACAAUACAAGUGUCCUCUAGAGCAUCUUGGAAAACCUGCUCAAGGGGACAAAGGGUUUCACCAUGGCAGAACUUACAGAGACGAAUGGCAGUUGCAUGGACUGGCAGAAACGGUGCCUUGUGUUGGAGACCCAGCUCUUCAAAUUCCGCCUGCAAGCUAGUAAGAUCCGAGAGCUGCUAGCUGAGAAGAUGCAGGAGCUGGAGCAAAGAGUGAUUGAAGCAGAACAGCGGGCUGAGAAUGCAGAGAAACAGGUCAGAGUUAUGGAAGAGAAGGCAAAACUGGCCAACAUGAAGACGAGUGAAUCUGAGAGCACUCUGUACAAGAAAUACCAGGAGCUGGUAGGCACAGUGCAAGGAAAGGAUGAUCUGAUCAACAGACUGGAGAGACAGCUGGAGAAACAGAAGCAGUUGAGAGCUCAGGAAGCUACAAUUGUCCAAGAAAAGGCUGCCAAGAUCAAGGAGUGGGUAACAUUUAAGCUAAGAGAGCUUGAGCUAGAAAAUUACCAUCUGAGAGACUGUAAUCAGCAGCUGUCGGAGCAAAUUGAAGCCCUUCAGGACACAUUGCAAGAUCUGACAACUAUCCCUCCCACUGAAUCUCUUUGGAGCUGCAACCCUUUGGUGACCAGAGCAUCACUGUCACCUUUGCUGGAAAAGCCAGACCAGAACUCCAUGCUGCUUGGGCAGGGUAUCAAGCAGCUGUGUCAGGGUGUGCCUGCCAGAAGUAUUCCUUCUACAGCAAAUAUAGUCUUUGUGGAUGAAGCUGACAUUGAAGAUGAAGCUGAUAAGCUGGUGCUUUCCCAGAACAUGCUGAAGCUCAUCCCGGACCCAAACUGGAAGCCCUCUGUAGACCAGGAGAGAUUCCCUGCUGUAAAUUCUGACGCCAGUUCAGAGUACCCUGGUGCCACACUCCUGGACCCACCCAAUGAGACCACAAGGGUCCAUGAAGCCCUGACUUUGCAGUCAUCCCUGGAGGGCCCUGUUAACAUAUUAAAUCAGAUGGGAGCACAGCUGGACAACCCCUCAGAUGAGCUAAGUGACAAGUUUCGCUCCCACAGGCUGGACUCCUCAUCUUCAGGAGAGAUACUGGGUGCCCCUGAAGGCUGUCUCUUGGCUGCAGAGCCAACACUGGAUUUGCCAUCAUCCAUCGGUCCUACACAGCCAAGCCUUCUGGGGAGGGAUGGUUGCCUAGUUAGUAGUAUGACUCUCCCAAAAAUACGGACUCCCAGCAAUCCAAGAGACAGUAUCCAACUGGCCAAGAGACAUUACAGCCAGCCCCAACCAGGGGCUAAUCGCUUCCAUCGUACGAUAAGCAUAGAGAUCAGCACCUUCCAGCCCAUAACAGACUCAUCACUUUGCCAUGUAGAAGUGGAAGAGACAGACAUUGAUGCUGAGCUGCCAGAGAAGAUGGAGAUAGAAGGGUGUCCAGUGGGAGAAAAGAUUGGAAAGAGUGAUGGGAGCAAGCAGCCUCCUGGUUCAGGACAAAAAAAAGCUGAAAGUCCUGAAAAUCUAGUACUAGAUCCAGGAUGCAAACCUCCCACUCCACCACUGCACAGAUUCCCAUCAUGGGAGAGCCGGAUCUAUGCAGUGGCCAAGUCUGGCAUGAGGCUGUCUGAAGUGGCUUUUGGGUGUGACUCUCCCAGCUGCAAUUCAAGUUUUACAUCGCAUUCAGCUUCUGGGCCAUUCAUCUGCCUCAUUUAUAGAAACAUCACGGUGCCAGUCUAUACCACACUGAAGGGGAAAGCUACCCAGAUUAGCAACGUUCCUUUCUUAGAUGAGUCCUCAGGCUCUGAUGAUGACUGCGGCUCCCAUGCCAGCUUCAGGACGUCCAAUGCUGGGUCUGAGAACAGGAAAGCCAGCAUGCCAGGCAGCCCUCGUGCAGUGAAACGAGGUGUCUCCAUGUCCUCACUGAGCUCAGAGAGUGACUAUGCCAUUCCCCCAGAUGCUUACUCCCUGGAUGGUGACUAUUCAGAGCCAGAGCACAAACUGCAGCGGACAUCUUCCUAUUCUGCUGAUGGUGGGAUCUGCAAUGAGCCCAUGGAAAAGUCGGGCUAUUUGUUGAAAAUGGGCAGCCGGGUAAAGACAUGGAAGAGGAGGUGGUUUGUCCUGAGAAAUGGACAAAUCAUGUACUACAAGUCUCCGAGUGAUGUUAUCCGCAAACCUCAGGGUCAGGUUGAGCUGAAUUCUUCCUGCCAGAUUGUUCGGGGUGAAGGUUCCCAGACAUUCCAGCUCGUCACUGAAAAGAGAACGUACUUCCUAACAGCAGACUCUCCCAACAUCUUGGAGGAAUGGAUCCGAGUCCUGCAGAGCAUCCUUACAGUGCAAGUGGCCAGCUCUGCUGCUGCCCCUCAUAGUGACGCUAAACCCAUUGUGAAAGGUUGGCUCACCAAGGUGAAGCAUGGUCACUCUAAGCUGGUUUGGUGUGCACUGAUUGGGAAAACCUUUUACUACUAUCGAAAUCAUGAGGACAAGUGUCCUCUGGGACAUUUGCACGUCCGGGAGUCAAAGGUGGAGGAGGUGGACCGCUCCUGUGACUCAGACGAAGAUUAUGAAGCCACUGGUGGGGGCAUCCUCUCAUCACAUUGCACUCUGGUGAUUCAUCCACCAGAUCAGAGUCCCACUUACUUACUUAUUGGUACCAAACAUGAGAAGGAUACAUGGCUAUACCAUCUGACUGUAGCAGCUGGCAGCAGCAGUGCCAAGGUGGGCACAGCAUAUGAACAGCUCAUUGGAAAACUGCUGGAUACAGAGGGAGAUCCCCAUUCUCCACUGUGGAAACACCCAAUGCUGUGCUACAGCAAGGAUGGGCUGCAAACUUCUCUCACGACUCUGCCUUCAGAGGCACUGCAAACAGAAGCCCUGAAGCUCUUCAAGUCCUGUCAGCUGUUCAUCAACGUUCCCGUGGAGGCACCAUCUAUUGAUUACCACGUGUCACUUGCCCAGACCGCACUGCAAGUCUGCCUGACACACAGUGAGCUGCAGAAUGAAAUCUAUUGUCAGCUGGUUAAGCAGACGAGCUGCCGGCAACCCCAGAACCACUCCGUCAUUCAGUGCUGGCAACUCUUGGCUUUGUGUGCUCCUCUCUUUCUGCCUCAGCACCACUUCCUCUGGUAUGUCAAACAGCACCUGCAGAGGCAUGCGGAUCCCAGGAGUGAAAUAGGCAAGUAUGCCAUCUACUGUCAGAGAUCACUGGAGCGCACAUUACAGACCAGAGAGAGGGAAGCUAAGCCUUCCAGAAUGGAGAUUGUGUCCAUUUUGCUGCGGAACCCCUACCACCACUCGCUGCCCUUCAGUAUUCCUGUGCACUUCAUGAAUGGAACCUACCAGGUUGUCGGUUUUGAUGGUUCCUCAACAGUAGAUGAGUUCAUCCAGCGGCUGAACCAGGAGACUGGAAUGAGGAAACCCUCCCACACUGGUUUUUCCCUCUUCACAGAUGACCCAUCUGGCAGAGACUUGGAGCACUGCCUCCAGGGCAACAUGAAGAUCUGUGAUGUCAUUGCAAAAUGGGAACAAGCUUUGAAAGAGCUGCAUCCUGGGAAAUAUGAAGGUGGCACAAGAAUAGUGAAACUGACUUAUAAAACCAGAUUGUAUUUUCGAAGCCAAGCAAAAGGUGAGACAGAUCGAGAGCGGUUGCUGCUGGCCUUCCAGGUCAGCAGUGAAAUAGCCAAUGGAAGGUUCCCUGUCAAUAAGGAAUUGGCUCUAGAAAUGGUGGCUUUGAUGGCUCAGGUGGAAUAUGGGGAUUUGGAUCGACCAAUACCUUCAAGUCCUGGGGGUACCUCUCAGUCCAAAAUGCAACACCUGCUCCAACAGUUUUUGGACAAGUUCUAUCCCAAACGCUACAAACAAAAUGUUGUUCCUGAGCAGCUUAGGCGUCUAGCUGACAGACUGGCUACGAAAUGGAUGGUGCUGCAGGGAUGCUCUCCACCAGAAUGCAUUCGAAUUUAUUUGACAGUGGCUCGGAAAUGGCCUCUCUUUGGAGCUAAGAUAUUUGCUGCUAAGCCUAUUUUGCCCUCUCCCUUGGAAGACUUUCCAGUGUGGAUAGCUGUGAAUGAAGAUGGCAUCAGCCUACUGGAUUAUCACACUAUGCACUUAAAGCUCUCUUACUCAUAUGCUUCUGUGUUGACCUUUGGAGGCUGUCGAGAUGACUUCAUGAUUGUAGUCAGUCAGGUGAAGGACAGGAGUUCUGGAAAAAACAGCAUUGAAAAGCUGCUUUUCACCAUGGCAGUUCCGAAGAUCGUUGAGGUGACUCUUCUAAUUGCCAGCUACAUUAACCACUGUACAUCAUCUUCCCUCCCAUCUCCCGCACCCUGCUCCCUGAGCACACCACCACCUAAAAAGCUAUGGGAGACUGAAAGCCAGUCUGUCUUUCUUUCCAUGCCUCGUACCACCAAAGGGCCUACGCUGCUCUGAGUGCUUGUUCUCAGUGCCUUUGGGUUUUAAUCCUUUUUACCAUUAUGCACACUGCCCCAUACUGAACCAAGGACUGCUGCAAUUUUGGUGGUUUCCUGCCCUGUUUAAUGCAGUCUUCAGUUCUCCCAUUAACGUGGGAUGAAGUUCCUUAGCAUGUCUAGAGGUAAUAUUGAGUCUUUUCUAAAGAACUAGAUUUUGGGAUUCCAUACACUUCCUCUCCCUGUCAUACUCCAUCCAAAACUAUGUAGCUAAAGACAUCUUCCCAUCACAUUACCUCUUCACCAAGUUUUACUCCUCUCACAUCAUGUUCAAGCUGCUCUUUGUCUCCUCCCAUUCUUAACCUUGCACCUUCUCCCAGGUCACCACUCCCCAUGCCAAGAAGUUGCCUACAACUUCUUAUAUGCCUAGUGAUCUCUCUUCCUUAACAUAUUCCUCUUUAGAAGGCAGAAUAGAGUGGCACAAUGGACUUUUAUACACAUACUUUUUUUUCCCCAACACGCACCGAAGAUCCACCGCUUCAGAGAGGACUCAAUUAAUCAAGUCUGCCCCGCACGUGAGCUUAGGUGAACUGUGCUGUGCCACAUGCAGUUGUAUAAGUGGCAAAAUGAGUGUCAGCAUGCAGAAAAUGGUGGCGGUGCACUUUUGAACUAAAGCACAUCUGAGGUGCUUUAGUUCAAAAGUGCGCUGCCACCAUUUUCUUAGCUCUGACAUGCAUUUCACCACUUAUACAACUGUAUGCGUUGCACCACUGGGUACUUUUAGCACUGCAAAAUGCAUGCAUGUAUAAAAAUGCCCCUUAAGAAUAAUUUAGAGAGGCAUAAGCUUUUGUAAGCAACAGUAAGAUGCUUGCUUGGAAAAACGUAUGCGUCUCUGAAUUAGUCCAUAAGAUGCCAGUCUAUCCUGCCUUCUGCCUGACUUCUGACUGACAUGGCUAGCUACCUCUUUCCACAUUCCUCUUCAGUAAUCCUUUAUCAUCAGUCCCCUUAUGAACCCUCUCUGCCUCGUUUCACCACUUUUCCUAGCUUUUAUCUGAAGUCGUUUCUAAGCUUGUUCAGUGGGUAUUCUGACUUGCGUGUAUUUCCAGAGGACUAUGUUCUCACUCUGCACUAUUUCAACGAACAAUAAUGAGAAUUGUGAUAUAAGUUGUAUGAACAGAUGCAUCAUACUGAAUACCGCCAAUACUACAAGUUUCAUAUCACUGGUUCAGAAACUUCAUGCGUCAAAACAGGGCAAUUACCAGAAGGUAAAGAAUAAUAUGAAUGAAGGUCAUGAUAACAACCCUAUCAUGCUGUUUAGGCAUAUCAGUCCUAUACUCUAGUGGUGGAUGUCCUCCACAUUCCAGAGAGUAUGUGAUAGUGCCUACUCAUCUCUGUCAACCCCAACCCCAGUGGAAAAAUACAGUGGUCAUACCCAGUUCACUCUCUCCUUCAGUAUCCACCCUGUGCCACUGUGUGACACAGGAUACUGGGCAAGAUGAACCUAUGGUCUGACCCAGUAAAUAGCAAUUCUUAUGUUCAAACAGCAAUUAAAAUAACUGCUAUUUCUGUAAGACCACCAAUACUUUUGUGUGCAUGUGGCAACACAGCAUAACCAAGACCACAAGCCAAUCCCAAAACAGUGCUCCCCCCUCAGUAAGACAGGCAUCCAAAUUCAAAACCAGAUGCAGCCCUCUAGCCUGUACUGAUCCCUGGUUUAUGACAGACAUGAAGUUAGCUUGGAUAACAAAAAGUUAUCCCAAUGGAAGAGAUGCUAAACUGACAAGCAGAUAAAUUCUGUGCUUAUUGCUGAAGAGCUUAUUAUAUAAAAGGAAGGAAAAGAAGGAGAAUUCAAUCCAAGGGCAGAACAGUUUCAACUAUAAGAAAAGUAUAACAGAAAUGUGGAAGCUUUUUUGCAUUUUGAAGACUCAAAAGAUGAAUAGGCCUGGAGAUCUGUCAGACAAUAUCCUAGCUUCUGCAGGAUUGAUUUACCAUGGAGUUUUGUACUUUUCUGUACAACAAAACUAGAUCUGUACCACAGGGUUGCAUUUAUAAUGCACUAUCCCCUGCCUCAUGCAUGCUUUCAAAGAAUCUUGAUGUUAACCACUAUUUUGUAUGUAUUUCAAGACGUGUUCACUACUGUAUGUGAUCUCUAUGAAUCAGGAAGGCAAGACAAAUGAGUUUUGUACUUUUCAUGUCUUCCAGCAACUAGUGUAACAUUUAGAAAGAGCUACACUGCAUUGAUUUUGUAGGAGUAGUUUCUGCUGACCUCCUACUUCUUCCAUGUCAUUCAAGCAAGGAGGAAGUGGUCAACAAAUAUAUUUGCAAGUACUGUUUUAUAGAAGUUCCUAACAAGUGCUGUUAGAUCAGCCUCAAGGGGACUUUGUCAAGACUGGGAAACUCAAAAUGUGAACUUUUUAAAAUGAGUUGCACAUCAUUUUCCUCCCAAAGCACAUAGAGCUACUUGACUAGGUUUCAUUGCUUUCAUUAGCAUUCUGAGACGCUAACGAAACUUAAGCACUUUCCACCUAGGAGUUCUUCCAAGCUUUCAUAGGCAACUCUACCAAAAUAAAUCAGUGUACAUGCAGCUGCUAUAAAGAGUUCUUCAAUAACAGCUCAGUUUUUGCAGACAAAUUAUAAAAAAUUAAUCAACUUACAACACAAACAUGUUUCAUCCAGUGUCCAUCAGCAACCUUGCAAUAACAACAAACCAAUGCACAGAAUGGAAAAGACAUUUCAGAAACAGGAUUUAGUUUCAAGCUUUCAGGGAACUAUUAGGCAAAAUUAAUUAUGAAGAACGCAGAGCUGAGGUAGUUAUUUUGUAUAAUUCCCAGCAAUCCCUUGACAUGAUCCUUUUAGGGCUUUAAAAUGUAGAAAGAGACUAGUGAGCUGGUAAAACCAUGUGACACAAGUAGCAGGUUGGAGCCAAUAACUCCUGAAGACCUGAUUUGCACAUACUGUAACGUAUCUAUUUCUUGCAGUUUUAGAGUGCCUUCUUGUACUGCUAAGAAGGGCUGUAGGUUUUCUGAGCCAAAGAAUAAUUAUGAAUGGAUUUCUAGUUGUCUUUCCUUUUUUUAAAAAGUUGCAGAUACUGUCAAAGAAAUGAAUAAACAGCUUGACAUGAUUGUCUUCAGGAUUUAUUCUCUUCACGGCACCCAUACAAAAAUAACAGUAUUUAAAAAGAACAUUGCCCUGACACCUUCUUGCACUUUGAGCCAUCACUGGGAUCUGAGAACCCAGAUGACCUCCUAUUUCUUGAAUCACCAGUGAUACCAACACUUCAAUCCAAAACUGAGCUAUUAGCUGUGUUGGGAAUACACAAGGUAAAAAGAGUUCCCCCCCUCCCCGAUUCUCCUGAAGCUGACUCACUUUACAGCAGGGGUGGGCAAAAUGCGGCCCGUGGGCCAGAUGUGGCCCGCCAAGCCAUUCUAUCGGACCCGCAUGGCCCAUAAAAAAUUUAGAAAAUUAAUAUUUAUCUGCCCCUGGCUGCCUGUCAUGUGGCCCUUGCCAAAACUCAGUAAGUGGCCCUCCGCCCGAAAUAAUUGCCCACCCCUGCUUUACAGUGACAUUAGAGACCCAAUUGCCAACACACAAGAAGCAAAAAUGCUGAGUAAGAAGGAGCAUUUCUAGAGUUAUUUUUCUGACCAUAACUGCACUUUAAACUCACUAGCAUGACAUGUUGAUUCUUUUCUCGUUAGAUCUUAUUAAUAUUUACCAAUACUUGAGCCUUUUCUGGGAACACCCCACUUUGAUAACUGCCAGCAUAUACCUCCUCCUAUUUAUAGCUUGCCUGAAUGCAGAAAACGGUGUAGAUACCUUAUCUAUUUUAUAUGAUUUCUUACUAGAGAAUUUAAUUUUUGUUUUGAUCAGCUCUCUUGGUUAUGACUGGACAUUUUGUUAAGUGUAGAAUGAUAAUGAACAACAGAAGCCUCUGUUUUCUUAACUGCUGUGUGUAUGUAGAAGGCUGCCUAUGACAUGUGAGAUUUUAUUGUUGUUUUUAAUAAAAUGCAGUUGUCAGCUAA